AUUUGGGGGUAUUGCUGGCGAUUGGGCGUAGUCGUCGCGAAGAGGUCGUUCACCGUGGCAUGGGCUACGUCCAUCUACGAGGCGCUCCUGUCUAUGACUUAUCAGCUUUCAUUCGACUUAUGAGUGCCACGCGGAUCUUCCAUUACAAAGCCCUGACAACAAUUGCCGAUGUUAUAUGUGAUGCCCCUAUGGAGGAAAUAUCGUUGAAGGUGUGCUUCCGGACCCUCCGAGCCAGUAGUUCACUACGCUGGUAUGAGGCCGAAGUAUUUGAAAAAAUUUCAGCAGCAGUAUUGGUCCGGUUCACCGAGGAUGGCGGGGUCUUUUCAGACGCCCGACCAGAUACGCGAUUCCUUCACAUCGCGCCGGCCAUAUACCAUCUAGCACUGGCCUCUCAUGUGGAUCCUGAGCUGGCUGAAGCCAUCAUGGAGCAGUUCAAAGCUAUGCGGAGACUAGUCGGGGCCUCCGGUCAAAUGCUGUGGGCGGCCUCUGCUAUGAAAUGCAUCAGUGAGGACGGCCUGUUGCCCGCUACUAGGGUGAAGCCAGUAUUCGAUAUGCUUAUGGAUCUCAGUGAUUCGGAUGGGAAGGCCAGUGAUAGGCUGGGCUCGAUAGCAGCUAUAAACGAUAUGUAG